AGGCUCUUGGAGCACGUGUAGCAAGGGCAAAGGGUCACGUUUCUCACGUCCAGUCGCUUUGGUAAACACAUGCUUGCUAAUUCAGAUUGAGUUUCCCGGCUAUACACUUCGUCCAACUGCUCAAGAACGAAAUAUUUCCAAGACAUUCACUCUCGAGUAGGGUCUAUUUUUUCAAGAAUAGUCAGGUACUGUAGCAAGGUUCAGCUGAGCAUGAUGGCAUCCAGUAGUUUUAGUCCCUGUAAAACCAGCAUUUCCCCAUCCCUUGCCAAUUUAACAGGCCCAGAUGGUAGCCAAGCUCAUAGUGUAUUCAACCAUACACUACUAUCACCAAGGCAAGUUACCCUUAACCUAGCCAUGGGGCCUUCCAAGGCAAGCCUUGGACUUGUUGGAGGUCGGUCUAGUCAAGACAGCCGUUUAAUUGGUGUCCUUCCUGGGCUACCAGAAGAGCCACCAGCCAUCAAGAAUUGCAAUAAAGGCUUUGUAAAUAAUGCUUUGUUUCAAGAUGACGAAUUAGAAUUUGAUGACAACAGUUUAUUGGAGGCUGAACCAUCCCAGGGAUACGUACAAGGCAGCACAGAUGAAAGUGAUCCUAGUGGGUAUAGUGGCGGAUCAGACAUGGAUGACUUAGAUGUUGGUCAUUUCAUUAACUACUAUUUGGUGGAGGAAGAGCAAUGCAAGCCCCAAACACAAAAGGACACAGAUUUUUAUAAGCCAAAAUCUCCUCAGAAAGAUUCAGAUAUGUUUGCAUUUUUUCAAAAGCAAACUGAGGUUCUCGAACAGAACAACAAUGCCUUGCAAAAACAAAUUGAUGCCCUUCGGGAACAGACCGCCUUCCAAACAAAGGUUCUGAAGAAGUUGUUGAUGAAGAAAACAAGGAAGCGGUUAAAGAAAGAUACUGAAUAGUAUGAUUAUAUUUAUCUCAUUAUUUUAAAAGUAACUUUUUGGUUUUAUUUUUGUUUUAGUUUUCAAAACAUUUUACUUAGAAACUUUGGUGUGUGUUUUCAUUUAACUCUAACUGUGAAGACAGACAUCCUUGACAUCAUUUCUUUUUUUUAACUUUUAUCUGUUUUAGCUUAACUAUUUCAAAUUAACAAUUUCUUUAAAGUAUCCCAUAUUUUCAAAACCCCCUGCUGAUGUAUGUACAGUAUGGCUAUUUGCUCAUUCCCUUUUUAUUACCAUUUUCAAAACUGCUAUAGUCCCAGAUGUUUCAAAUUGCCAAAUACACAUAUUUCUCAUCUAAACCUGAUCAGGUAUAGAUUAUAGAAAUUAGUUAAAGGUGAUGUCAAAGAAGGUGGCAAGUUCAAAGGAGAAUCAAAUGUUUCUAAAUAAGACGAUUCUAGAUCUGAUGUACAAAGACAGUAGUCUCCAGUAGGUCCCUAUGGAAUUUGGAAUAUUUUUAUUCAUAAUUUAUGCAGUCGCUACCAGACAAAUGCUUUCACUUCUUUUCUCGUUUAUUUUCUUUUUUUUAACAUAUUUUUAUUUAUUUUAAAGAUUUGUUUUUAUUUAUAUGCAUAAAAGAUGAACUUGCUGCCCUUCCUUUGCUUAUAUUCUAAUAUAUAUAUAUUUUUUGUCAAAAUACUCAACAACACACAUAACAACAAGAUAAAUGAAGUUUUUUUAUUUGGAAAUGUUUUCUGUGUUGUAUUUAAUAUUAGAAGUGUGCACUAGACUUGAGAAAUAGAGUAUGAAUAACCUCUUGUCUCAACAUGAUAUCAGCUUGUUAUGUACGGUACUACGAAGUCACCACACAUUCAUGAGAUAAGCUAGAGACAAAGCUUUGCUUUCUUGUUUUGACUUACUAUACUUCUUUGUAUACUUGGCUGUCAUUAAAUUGCAUACUAGUUGAUUGAUGAAUGUAAAAAUUGUAACCAACAAAAGACUGCCACAUUUGACUUUUGAAUUACUGCUAUAAAUGUAA